AUGGCUUCGUUCAAAGUAUGUGGCUUCAAUGCCGACUCCCAAUUUCUUGGCUUUGGCCCUGAGUCCUCUUUCUCCUCCUCCCUCCCCUCCCACAUUCGGUCGCCGUUCAAUGUACUGAUGGUGUUGCCACCCACCCAGGAAUUGUCCCUCUCGCGUCCUCUCCCCAACACCACCCCACGACAACACGCUCACUCGAUAUCGCUGGGUGCCGUCAAUGCCAACCACCGCAUAACCCGCCGCAAGAGUGUGACCACCGCCGCAGCCCAUGCCGCGGCCGCGAUCGCCGCGUCGAUGAAGGAAGGCGGCGAGGCCGCUUCGCUCCCCAUGGGUGCUGCGCAUCGUCGGAGCCUGGGGGCCCGAAAGGGACUGGAAUCCACUUCGGUCGGAGGUGCCUCUGGAUUUAGUUCAUACCUGUCUCGAAGUAUGAACAGCCCCAGCCAGGAACCACCAGUCGCUCGCAAGCCCUCUCCCAGCAACUCCGACGAGGACGGCAAGCCCAUUCCCAAGGGUCGCAACCGUCGAGCCAGCGAAGGUGCCCACAUGAAGACCGAUGGGAAGCGUAACCCCGCGGACCUCCGCUGCGACCGUUGCGGCAAAGGAUAUAAGCAUGGCAGCUGCUUGUCCAAGCAUAUGUGUGUAUCCCCCAUGUCGCCCGGCCGUCUUCUCGUUCGAUCGGGAGUAUGCACCAUGUCGGCUCUGUGCAGGUCGCCCUCGUGGUCAUUCAACCCCCCUCUCGUCGUCAUUCCUCCCUCAAUCUCCCCUCACUACUUUACCAUUUUUAUCUUCCUCGUUCCCCCCCCACAAUUUUCUGGUGGCAUCCGGUUGACGUCAUGGUCGAUUACCUCGAAACUACUCAUUUCCAAGCACCAGCAAGUGCAGCUGCUCGAGGCUGCCACAGUGCUGGUCAACAUGAACGUGGACGACGACACCCCCGAACAGUCCCCCGAUGCGGAGUCGGAACUCUCCUCCGCUUCGCCAGAUGCCUCUUCGGUCGUGCGUGAUGGGAUCAGCUCCGCCGAGACCACGCCACCCCCGAUGGAUGAGCAGGAGGAAGACGACGACUUUGAGAUGUCUGGCAUGCCAGCGAACUGGACCAAGCGCCCCAGCAUCAGCAACGCCUUCUCUCGCUCCUACCAGUCGAUCCCCUCCAGCUCGUACAACGGCAGUGCCCCGCUGCAUUCCCCUGCCUUCUCUCACUUCCGCAAGUCGAGCAUCGACACCCGUCCUUCCACCGCAGACACCCGACUUCACGAGGAUGACGAGGCGGAUCUGGCAGCCGCCAUCGGGCUGUGCAACUUCGGCACUCCCCGCACGGGACCAGUGGCUAUGACUCCGGAUGUGCCUCCUGUCCCUCCCUUGCCGGCUCGUUACCUCGACUCGGGCAGCCAGCCUGGAAACUUGAGCCCUGGCUUGGGUCACUCCGGCCCCGGUCCGAUGAACGAGGCCUAUCGCCGCAACUCCAAUGCCGAUGCCUUCCUCUCCGCCUCGCUCAAUCCAUCACUCUCAUACAAGGUGUCGGAUGAGCGUGGCGCACGAAACGGCAGUAACGAGGCUACCGCUCGGGAGUCCCGUCACCGACGCAACGCAGAUGUCGACUUUGGCAGCCGCCGAGCCCCUGCAGAUGACGAUGACGACGGCGUCUUUGGUCACAUGGAGGAGUAG